CUACAUACGUGGUCGAUAUCCUCAAAUCCGAAGUCAAACCCGCAAGUCAUCGUCCAAACUUUGGAUCGGGAUGUUGCCAGCAUCCCUUCUCGCGCUUUUCUUCGUGUUCUUCGGAGUUGUCGCUGCAGCUGCUGACUUGUACAAGGCUCUAGAGUUGUCCAAGCAUGCAACGGAACAGGAUAUCCGAAAAGCGUACAAACGUCUCAGUCGGAAGUAUCAUCCAGACAAGAACAAGGAUCCGGACGCCGAGGAAAAGUUCGUAGAAAUAGCACAUGCGUACGAGGUAUUGUCGGACGACAAUAAACGCCGAAUAUACGAUCAAUAUGGCGAGGAAGGAUUGCGAGCACAUGAAGGUGGUCAGCAGCACUAUGCCAACCCUUUCGAUGUGUUCUCGAGUUUCUUUGGCGGUGGAUUUGGAGCGCAACAGACCCGUCGGGGACCAAACUCGAUAUUUGACAUUGAGGUCCCGUUAGCGGAUAUGUACGCAGGCGCUAGCAUCGAGUUCACCAUGAAAAAGAAUAUACUCUGCGACCACUGUCGCGGUUCGGGCGCGGCGUCCGACCGCGACGUGCACACCUGCCGCGGCUGUGGAGGAUCCGGCGUCAAGGUCUCCAAACAGCAAAUAUUCCCCGGUAUGUUUGCACAAACGCAAUCCACAUGUAAUGAAUGUGGUGGGCGUGGAACCGUCAUCGUCAAAAACUGCCCCCACUGUAACGGGAAGAAGGUCGUCGAGUAUAUGCAGCCCUUUACGCUCGAAAUACAACCAGGGAUGCCAGAGGGUCAUGAAGUCGUACUUGAGGGCGAGGGUGACGAGAGCCCAGAUUGGGAGGCAGGCGACAUCAUACUGCGGGUACGGAGUAAGAAGGAACAAGGUGGUUGGCGGAGAAAGGAAUCCAGUCUUUACUGGCGAGAGACGAUUGGCGUUGAUGAGGCACUUUUGGGCUUCAGACGUAAUCUUACGCACUUGGAUGGGCAUGUCGUAGACCUGCACCGUAAAGCAGUAACACAACCUGCAUAUGUCCAGGUAAUAGAGGGAGAAGGGAUGCCGGUCUUUGAACAAUCACCCCGAGGUAAUCUUUACAUAGAGUAUAAUGUGAUCUUACCGGUAGAACUCGGCCCUACCAUGCGCAGAAAGCUAGAAGACGCUUUCUAUGGGCCGCCAAACCAUAGAGACGAGCUAUAGGCCAUAAUGUAUCACCCUUACCACCCUAUUUGCCCCUACGAAAGACUAGAACUUCUUGACAGGCUCC